UAUGGUUGAGAGUGUAGUUCAUGGAUAUAACCGAAAGAAGAAAGGUGGGGUCAUUUGUUAUCCUAAACUGAGACUCACAAACAACAACACAAGAUAUGAUCUUCACACCAUCAUUAAACACACCCUUCAUCUUGAUCUUCUUCAGGAGGAGCAGUGACAAUGGCAGCCAGUGUUGCAACACUGCAGCAAAACUUCAAGUUACCCUCUUCAGUCUCACUCAUUUCAUCAUCUCAAUCCACCUUUUGUGGGACCAAAUUCACCACCUCUGUUCAGUAUAAGAGGAAAGUAUGUCAACCGAAAGGAGCAUUGAAUGUGACGGCAUCAAGCUCCAAGAAAAUUCUUGUAAUGGGAGGCACUCGCUUCAUCGGAAUCUUUCUUUCAAGACUACUUGUCGAAGAAGGCCAUCAGGUAACUCUGUUUACUAGAGGAAAAGCGCCCGUCACACAACCCUUGCCUGGUGAAGCAGAAGAUGCUUACAAUGCUUUUAAAUCCAAGAUAUUGCACUUGAAAGGAGAUAGGAAGGAUUAUGAUUUUGUGAGGACCAGCCUUGCUGCUGAAGGUUUUGAUGUUGUCUAUGAUAUAAAUGGGCGUGAGGCGGAAGAGGUCGAGCCCAUACUAGAUGCACUGCCGAAUCUAGAACAGUACAUAUACUGCUCUUCAGCCGGUGUUUACCUUAAAUCCGAUCUUUUACCACAUCGUGAGAUUGAUGCGGUUGACCCUAAAAGCCGACACAAGGGGAAGCUCGAGACCGAGGCCUUACUAGAGUCAAAGGGUGUCAACUACACUUCUGUAAGACCUGUUUAUAUCUACGGCCCGUUGAACUACAACCCUGUCGAAGAGUGGUUUUUCCAUAGGUUGAAAGCGGGCCGACCCAUCCCCAUUCCCAACGCAGGUUUGCAAGUAACCCAACUCGGUCACGUAAAGGAUUUGGCUACAGCUUUUAUAAAAGUUUUGGGGAACGAAAAAGCAAGCAAACAAGUGUACAACAUUUCGGGCGAUAGAUAUGUUACUUUCGACGGAUUAGCAAGAGCUUGCGCUAAGGCUGGUGGAUUCCCUGAGCCCGAGAUCAUUCACUAUAAUCCUAAGGAGUUCGAUUUCGGUAAAAAGAAAGCAUUUCCAUUCCGGGACCAGCAUUUCUUUGCUUCUGUGGAGAAAGCAAAGGAGGAGCUGGGGAUCAUACCUGAAUAUAGUUUGGUUGAAGGUUUGACUGAUUCAUAUAAUCUGGAUUUUGGCCGAGGAACGUUUAGAAAAGCAGCCGAUUUCACCACCGACGAUAUGAUUCUUGAAAAGAGUCUUGUUUUAAGCUGAUUUUACGGUUUUGCCUCAUCGAUCGAAAGAUUAUGAAGCAGUUGUAAUUGUAUAACAAAGUUGGGUUUGUUAAUUCAUUUGACAAAUUGCUAUGAAAAUGUUGUUCUUUGCAAUAA